AGAAUCACUGAACAAAAUAAGCCCCAGUUGGAAGUUUGUGAGGACCUGUAGAAGCUGUAACUGCGAUGCUCUGGCAAAAGUACUACGAUCACAUGAACGCCCUCAAGGCUGCGAAGAUGCAGAGCAUCGAAACUGCAGGCAACGUGGUCUGUAACAUUACUGCUGCUACCAAGCGCAUUCAAAGGGUACGCGUAAGCAUGGACACCCACGACGCGGACGCCAACUGCGAUGGCCCCGACCUGGACUUCGUGUACUCCGAUGUGGAUGGCUACCAGAACGAGAUCGCCGAACUCUACAGCUACACGGAGUUCAGUGAAUUCCAGAUGAAUGUCAAAGCCUUCGAGGAUCAGAUGGAGCUGUAUGACCUGCCGCCCAACUGGCAGAAACAGGACUCGGCCGCACAGCGAGGAAUUGUCAUGAAACUGGUGGACCAACUGGAGGUCUCCGAUCGAUCCUUUCGCAUGCAGGCCGCCCGGUGCAUCCUGUACUUGGCCCAGGGCUGCUGGGCGGAGGUUCAGUCGGACGAGGAGCAGCACCAGAUCACCAGGGACAAUGUACUGGUGCUCCACCAGCUCGGCGUCUUUGCCUCCUUCAUCGACCUGCUCAACAUGGAGAUCGAGAGCGCCUGCUCGCCCGACAUUGUGGCCGUCAAGAUCACCAAUGUCACGCUAGUGGACUCCACGGACAUCCGGGUGAUCCUCUCCGUGCUCUACAUCAUCACAGAGACAAUUCGGGACGAGCGGGAACGGGGCAGCGAGGACUACAAGGAGCUGGCCGACUCGUUCGUGCAGGAGAUCAACUCACCACUGCCAGAUGGAGAGCUCCUGGCCGUCAAGCUGCUGGGCAUGAUCACCAGGUUUUGCAGUGGCGCAGCCCCGCAGUUUCCCAUGAAGAAGGUCGUCCUGCUGCUAUGGAAGGUCUCCCUGCUGGGACUGGGAGGCAUGGAUGUGCUCAAGAAUCUCAAGAACGAGUACCGGCUGAAGGUGGGCCUGGAACCCAUCACCGAGGACACGCUGGAGGUUACCAAGUACAUGCGGGCCAGCUCGCCGCCGGCCACAGCCACAGAUAUACUGGAGAACCAGUAUCCCAGAAAGAACUUCAAACGCUCCCUGAUGAAGCAGCGCUUCCUGGACGAGCCCGAGCAGAUAGACAUGGAGAUGGGCGGCAAUGAGGGCCAGGGCAAUGCCAACAAUGGCAGUGGUAAUGGCGGCAAUGGAGAAGAGGAGCUUUCUCAGUACUAUAGGCCCUACGAUGACCCCUCCUCAUCAGCCUCCACCACCUCGACGGCCAAUCCCAACAACCAGCCCAGCCUGACACAGCCGCCCGCCGCUGUGCCUCCAGUGCAGAUCACUGCUCGCCUGCCUUGGACGCCCAAGGUACGGCAGAAGGACAUAGACCAGUUCCUGGACAUUUCGCGAAACAAAUUCAUUGGGUACUCCCUGAUCGGGGACCAUGAGAGUCUGGCUGGACUGCCGCAACCCAUUCACGAGGGCUUCAAGACGCUGCAGCGGCACAUGUAUAUGAGUCUGGCCGAUGUGCAGAUCAAGAAGGAAGAGGAUAUAGCCAGGAACCCCAUCUCCACGCACGAGGACGAGAUCAAGCUGACGCCGGCGGAGGUUUUGUACCAGGCCAUUCUGCCCAACCUGCCGCAGUACAUGAUCGCCCUGCUUAAGGUCCUCCUAGCGGCAUCGCCCACUUCCAAGUCCAAGACAGAAAGCAUCAACAUAAUGGCCGACGUGCUGCCCAAGAAGAUGCCGCUGACGGCUACUCAAUCCACAAAGCUAACAGUUGACAUGGGUCGGCACAAGGAGAUCAUUGUAAAGGCAGUCUCAGCGAUCAUUCUGCUAUAUCUAAAGCAUUUCAAGAUUAACCAUGUUUACCAGUUCGAGUUCAUGUCCCAGCAUCUGGUUUUUGCAAAUUGCAUCCCGCUCGUGUUGAAGUUCUUCAACCAGACAAUCACGGAGUACGUGAACACCAAGAACUCCAUUCCCCUGCUGGAUUUCCCGUCGUGUGUGAUUGGCGAGCAGCCGGAUUUGAGUGGAGAUAGCUUUGUGUACGGCGGAGAGAUGUCCGACAAGCCCUACUCCUGGCGAAACGUGUUUUCCUGCAUUAAUCUUCUGCGCAUCCUCAACAAGCUGAUCAAGUGGAAACACUCGCGGGUGAUGAUGCUGGUGGUGUUCAAGUCGGCACCGAUCCUCAAGAAGACGCUGAAGGUGCGCCAUGCCAUGAUGCAGCUGUACGUGCUGAAGCUGCUCAAGAUGCAGACCAAGUACUUGGGUCGCCAGUGGCGCAAGUCCAAUAUGAAGACCAUGAGUGCAAUUUACGCCAAGGUCCGGCAUCGUCUGAACGACGACUGGGCCUUUGGAAAUGAUCUGGAGUCGCGUCCCUGGGACUUCCAGGCAGAGGAGUGCACAUUGCGGGCCUGUGUGGAUCGUUUUAACCUGCGGCGCUAUCCGGAGGCCACCCAGAAGUGUGGAAACAACGGGACGGCGGCUCAGAAUGCGGAGAACGCCCAGCAGUCCAACAUGAUGUCGGGCAACAAUGGAUGUGGCAAUAACGGCGAGGCCAAUGGCUACGGAAACAACGGAGGCGGAGGAAAUGGCGGCCACAAUCAGCAGCAGCAGCAGCUCAACGACUACGGUGUGGAGGGCGGCUUCCCCAGCGACGAGAUACUCACUCACUCCGACUUUGCCUUCUUUGGCCACUCGGGCUGGUGGGAUCGUAAGGUCGAGCUGACGGACUACUUUAAGGCCAACUACGCGGUCUGGUUGGAAGAGGAGGUCUACAACAGUCAGACCGACUGGGAUGCCCUCUAGGACAGACCAGCCACGGCUGCUCUGCUGGCGUAACUAGCCUUCCGAGGAUCCACAUACGCAUGAUAUAAGCAAAAAGUUAUUACCUUAAUUGUAGGCAUAAAGAAGUACAUUGAUAUAAUCCAUGUAGCCCGACCACGAUUGGAACACCAACUACUCACUGAAUUGGCAAUAAAUUGGCAUGCCACGGUCCUCCGCUCCGAUCCUCUUCACUAACUACCAUACGCUAAAUACCCCAUAGCGAUGACAAGCCUGUAUAUUUAACGAUUGUAUUUUAUAAUUUAUAUAUUUAUUAUUUAAUCCUGUUCCACGAGCCCCUUCAAACGGAUCGCGGCAGUUGGCUUCAAUAGCGGAAUAAACAAAUUAACUAGUUCGAAUACGAAAA